UAUCGCGAGUCGGCGGCUCGUGGGGUUGGUUGUGCAAAGUUAGUGUCAUAGCUAAUCAAACAAUUCUUGUGCAUGCUGCGUGGAUUUCUUUUGGGAAAUAUCCGCACAACAACAACGCCAUUGAAAUAACUUUACCUGCAAAUCGAUGCCCAAUAAUGUUGCAGCAACGGGAACGAAACGCAACAACGUUUCAAGAGCAACAACAACUGCACUUUGCUGCUGCGAAUACAUAGCGCAUGAUAACGAGCGAUUUCACAUUUUAGGAUGCUGCUGUAAUUGCGAAGAUUUUGACUUGGUAUGCACGCGGCUCAUCACGUGUAGACGCAUCGAACAGCGCAACAUAGACGGCAUGUUAAUAGCUUUCCAGGAUCGUUUACGUAUACCAUGGCAUGGAGGUGCAAAACGGGUGUCCCCGGCCGCUUUGGCACCCGGGCUAAUCGUACCAUUAAUGUUGGGACUGGCAGCGUUGAAUGCCAAUACGGCCAUGGUACUGAUGCUCACACUGGUGGGGUUUACUAUCUGGGGACUGCGGCUGGCUGAACGCACAGCCACACGCACCACUUUCUUCCUUAGCUGGCUUAUAUUUUCUUUGCUCUAUAUGAUCAUAAUUUUUGAGUUCGAAGUGCCAUUAUUGGAGCUAUUGCCGGAAGAGAACUGCAUCUUGGUGCUUAUUUCGGCCGCGUCACUUUAUUGUUUUUUUCGCACCAAGCAGCUGGCACCCCAGAAUUUUGUAACCGCACAAUAUGGCACCACGCCUAGGGAUGAGCUGCCCGGCAUAGCCGAAGCAUCUAGUGGCGAGGAGCAAGCAGAACAGCAGGAACAUGAGGCAGCCACGGCACACAUAUCGCUGCAAAUGGACAAUGUGUUGAACAUCGAUGAUGAUGAUCUUGGUGGGGCUGGUGGUUCGGAGGGCGCCAGUUUGAUGCAUUCACAGCCAAAUAUUUGCGAGAUAUGUCGAAAGUGCACUCCCACACGUAGUUCCCAUUGUGCCGUCUGUGGAAGUUGCAUCAAGAGGUACUCGCAUCACAGUUUUUGGCUUAACUGUUGCAUUGGCGAGCUCAAUUAUCGUUGGUACCUGCUUGGCCUAACCACUGCUGAGCUGGCGUUGCUGUUGGGCGCCAAUCUCACACUGACCGCAGUGUGUCAUCCGUUCCUGGUAGUGCGGUUUUUGGGUGUGCCCUUCUUGCUGCCUGACGACUGCAGCGAAGUGUUCGAGGACUUUGAAUUGGGUAUAUCUUUUGCGGUUGCGGGCUAUGCUUUGCUCAUGGCGAGCUAUAUAGGCUUCGAUUUAAUGCGGCAGUUAUAUGCAUGGCGGCGUGGCAACACCCUACAUGAAUUUAAGCGCACAACCUUGCCUAGUCGCAAUCGCUUAUGGAGUAAUCGGCGCACUUUUUUCAAAUGAACUGUUUACGCAUCAAAUUAUUACAACGCAAAUCCAAAUAAUUAUAAGUGUGCGGGUACUUAAUAUUGUACGAAAGUAUUAUACCAACUGAAUGACUAAUCUAAUUUAAUUUGCUAAAUCAUUAAGCUUAAAGUUUUAUGUGAAUAAACGGUUCUUACUACGAA